AUUUCCGGAACCGCGAAACAGCAUCUGGGUUUAAGUUAAGACCAAAUUAUUGAUUUGCGCCAAGGAUUUUGUCCCCAAUCUGCACUUGAAGUUGAAGUUCGAAGUUGGAGGAGUUCUCUCGUGUUCAAGCAGGGUGCAAUUUCUAAUAUUGAGCAAAGGGAGCUCGCACUGCACAGCAGCAAUCAGGAAACGAGGUGGCACUCAGACGCCACUUGUUGCUUGUGAACGUCUCUUGCUAAAGGGUCAAGGGAAGAAGGCAAAAUGUCGGACUCUGAGAAUGAGGAGGAGAAGAAGGAGUUGGACUUGAGCUCCAAUGACGUGGUUACGAAGUACAAGCUGGCCGCCGAGAUUGCAAACAAGGCUCUUGCCUUGGUAAUUUCAGAGGCUAAGCCAGGCGUGAAGGUCUUUGACCUGUGUCAGAAAGGGGACGAAUUCAUCACAAAGCAGGUGUCGACUCUGUACACCAAGGCAAAAGUCAAGAUUGACAAGGGCGUUGCGUUUCCCACCUCGGUGUCUCUCAACAAUGUUGUUGGACACUACUCCGCCCUGGAAGGAGACACUCUGGAGCUGAAGGAGGGGGACGUUGUCAAAAUUGACUUGGGGGCUCACAUUGACGGCUUUGCCGCUGUGGUGGCGCACACACUUGUCCUGCAAGAGGGCCCUGUGACUGGAAAGACCGCUGAUGUCAUAGCCGCAGCAAACACUGCCGCAGAGGUGGCGCUGCGGUUGGUGAGGCCAGGGAAGAAGAACAUGAGCGUGACCGAGGCUUUCAAGAAGGUUGCGGAGGCGUACGAUGUCAAGAUGGUGGAGGGAGUGCUCAGUCACCAGAUGAAGCAGUUUGUGAUUGACGGGAACAAGGUGGUCAUCACAGUAGCGGGCCCGGAGGCGAAAGUGGAUGAGGCGGAGUUUGAGGAGAAUGAGGUGUAUGCAGUCGACGUAGUGGUCAGCAGCGGAGAGGGGAAGCCCCGGAUCCUGGACGAGAAGCAGACGUCUGUCUACAAAAGGGCGCUCGACAAGGAGUACAAGCUGAAGCUGAAGGCAUCUCGGGCUACCCUUAGCGAAAUCAACCAACGGUUCCCUGUUAUGCCCUUCACAAUAAGGGAGUUGAAGGACAAGCAAGCGAAGCUAGGGGUCAAGGACUGCGUCACGCACGAACUGCUGACGCCAUACCCUGUUCUGCACGAAAAGCAAGGCGACAUUGUUGCGCACUUCAAGUUCACGGUGCUGCUGAUGCCCAACGGUUCGGACCGGAUCACGGGGCAUCCAGUCCAGGAGCUGAAGCCGGACAAGGAGGUGGACGACCCCGAGAUCAAGGCCUGGCUGGCGCUCGGAACCAAGUCGAAGAAGAAGGGGGGCGGCGCAAAGAAGAAAGCCAAGAAGGCAGGCGAAGGAUCCUCGAAGGAAGCCGAAAGCAAAGAGGGGGGCAAGGACGAGGAGCUGCCCGAUGCGGCCGAAUAGUGAGGGGACGUACACUUUAGACAAAUCCGGUCAGGAUACGAGGGCGGCUAUGGGAGACGCUUUCUCAGUCCUGGUUCAAUCUGUCAGUAGUACAAGUGUUCGUUUCCACUUUGACUAACCUGAGAAGGAAGAACACAGCAUUUUUGUACCUUGUGUAUGCCGGAAGUGGGAAGCCUUUGAGUCGCUUCUGCACGUGAUGUUAUGUAGACGGGCGAAUGGAUGGCGCGCACCUUCCUGAAGGUAUCAACAGAUUGAAAAGGUGGCAGUAUGUGCGACAUGGGUUCAAAGCUCCACAGAGCUUGGCUCUGCUCAGAGUCUCUGUCUUGAUCUUGGUAAUUCUGCAGCACAUUUUCGCAUACGGCGACAGGUG